AAUAGUAUCGUGACAGACAAAAGAGUGACAGCACACUGGGAAUUUGUGUAAAGGGAAGACAGAAUAAAAUAAAGGAAAACGCAAAAAGAGCCUACAGAAAACCCAAAUAUUGCUAGUUUGACAGUCCAGAGAGGACUCCUGAAAAUGGGAACCACCCUCUGGCUGCUGUGUAUAUGUGUGGCUCAGGUCUGGUGCCAAUCAACUACUGAAACAAUUGCAACCUCCUCAACUGCUACACCAACAACCAGGUUACCACGACCUCCUGAUGUUAAUGAUGUCACUGUAAAAGAGCGCAGUGAGACUACAUUAAGGCUGCAGUGGAACCCAGUGCCCAGUGAAACUGCAUACAAUUAUACACUGCAAUACAGCAAUGGAACUAAGAUAGAUGACAUAACUGGAUCAGCAGGUGGACCAGUGACAUAUACUGUUAGAAAUCUAAUUGCUGGGACUGAGUAUAGCUUCACUCUUUUCACUGUGCUUCAGCAUGUUGACAGCUCUGGACAUAAUUUUUCAGCUACCACAAGACCUUCCGAUGUUAAUGAUGUCACUGUAAAAGAGUGCAGUGAGACUACAUUAAGGCUACAGUGGAACCCAGUGUCCAGUGAAACUGCAUACAAUUACACACUGCAAUACAGCAAUGGAACUAAAAUAGAUGACAUAACUGGAUCAGCAGGUGGACCACUGACAUAUACUGUUAGAAAUCUAACUGCUGGGACUGAGUAUAGCUUCACUCUUUUCACUGUGUUUCAGCAUGUUAACAGCUCUGGACAUAAUUUUUCAGCUCCCACAAGACCUUCCGAUGUUAAUGAUGUCACUGUAAAAGAGCGCAGUGAGACUACAUUAAGGCUGCAGUGGAACCCAGUGUCCAGUGAAACUGCAUACAAUUACACACUGCAAUACAGCAAUGGAACUAAGAUAGAUGACAUAACUGGAUCAGCAGGUGGACCAGUGACAUAUACUGUUAGAAAUCUAACUGCUGGGACUGAGUAUAGCUUCACUCUUUUCACUGUGUUUCAGCAUGUUAACAGCUCUGGACAACACUUCUCAAAUGUCACAAGGCCUCUCAGUGUUAUUGAUGUCACUGUAAAAGAGCGCAGUGAGACUACAUUAAGGCUGCAGUGGAACCCAGUGUCCAGUGAAACUGCAUACAAUUACACACUGCAAUUCAGCAAUGGAACUAAAAUAGAUGACAUAACUGGAUCAGCAGGUGGACCAGUGACAUAUGCUGUUAUGAAUCUAACUCUGGGGACUGUGUAUAACUUCACUCUCAUUACUGUGUUUGAGCAAGUGAAAAGCAUGGGUCACAGUUUCUCAGCUGUCACAACCAUCCACUGUUCAGAGUGGAUUAUCACCAAUAGAUCAUUUGAGGCUGAAAUCACUGGAAGGUUUUCCAGUGCAAAUGCGACCAAUGGAAACACAUCAGUGAAUGGCAGAGUGGAAAACAGCAAGGUGUCCUUCACUGGCCUGUAUCCUGGCAGCACCUUCAAUGUGUCUCUCUUUUUUCUUUUAAACUCAGUAUCCUUAAAACAAUGUGAGCAUACUUUGACACUAGUUCCUCCCCAGGUGACUGGCUUACAUUGUGGCUAUAUGUCAGGAGGCUAUGCAUUCUCUCUGUCUUGGAACCCACCACAGGGUGUGUGGACACAAGUGGAGGUGGAGAUUUCAGGACAAAGCCCUCGUAAUGUGACGGGGACAAAGACGGACAUAGUGAUUAAGCAUGUAAAACCAGCCCAGACAUAUCAUAUAACUGCGACAUCAGUCUCUGAAACCAUGAAGAGUGAGACUGCCACUUUUGAGUGUCAGACUGACCCAAGAGGAGUUAUCGCAGGGUCAGUGAUCGGAAUCCUCUUACUUGCUUUCCUGGCUUUUCUUGUUGUCUUCAUUUUGCGUCGUAAGCCUGAAUUGCUAAGGCCAAAAUAUUUUGUGGAAUCCCAACUGGACAACGAGAAAUUUAUAGAUGUUCCAAUGGGAAACUUUGAAGCCCACUUCAAUAAAAUGAGUUGUGAUCAGAACAGAGGAUUCAGUGAAGAGUAUGAGGACUUCAGCGCGGUUGGCACAGAGCAGACCUGUAAAGCUGCCCUCAUCUCAGACAAUGAGGUCAAGAACCGCUUCACCAAUGUGUUACCAUAUGACUGGUCUCGCGUGAAACUUUCCACGAUCAAUGAUGAUCACAGUUCUGACUACAUCAAUGCCAGCUACAUGCCUGGCUAUGGCAACAAUGCUAGACAGUAUAUAGCUGCUCAGGGUCCUCUUCCAGCCACAGUGAAUGACUUCUGGAGAAUGAUCUGGGAGCAGAGAACACACACUGUAGUCAUGGUAACCAACUGCAAGGAAGGAGAAAGGGUUAAGUGUGAACAGUACUGGCCCCUGGACUAUACACCCUUUACUUACGGAAAUAUAUUGGUCAGGGUCUCUUUUGAGAAGAAUGAAGUCAACUGGACACUGCGAGAGUUUGUGAUCAAAAAUACAAGCACAUCUGAAGUACGGUCAAUCCAGCACUUCCACUUUACUGCUUGGCCUGACCAUGGAGUUCCAGAUGGGACCACAGCACUGAUCCAGUUCAGAGGGCUUGUCCGCCAGCAUAUAGAAAGCUGUGGUUCGGCUGGGCCCACAGUGGUACACUGCAGUGCAGGUGUAGGUCGCACUGGUACACUAUUAGCCCUUGAUGUGAUGUUGCAGCAGCUGGAGAAGGAGAACAAAGUGGGCCUCGCUGCCUUUGUAUACAAGAUGAGACUGAGUCGUCCUCUCAUGGUGCAGACUGAGUCUCAGUACAUCUUAUUGCACCAGUGCAUCAUGGACUCCCUGAAGCCCAAACUGGGGAAGAUGCAAGAAGAGCCCCUGUAUCAAAAUUGUGACAUGAUGUAUGUCAAUGCCACUGCACUCAAGGAGUUUCAUUCAGCCAACAAAAAUGGAUAGGGAAACACCUUGAUGAAAAUGCCUCACCUUAUCUGUUAGAACAUUCCUUACCCUACAUACAUUUUAUCCAGCGCCACUGUUUUCUGUAGUUUUUUUCUCCACUCAUCCAGUUUUAAUACUACUGUAAAUAAUUUAAAAUAAUGCACUGAAAAUUGUGAUACAGAAUCUUAAUUUUAUUUAAUGUAUGUGACAUUGUGUGUAUUCAAUAUUGUAUUCCAGUCUUGUGACUGCUGCUUAUUACUGUCAAAAGUAUGAUGAAAAGUCUAGAGUACAACUUCAAGUCAAGUUCUUGAAAUCAUUUCUACAUGUGUGAUGUGUGAUGUCAAAAUGUCUCAUAACAAUAGAACAAUAACAAUAAAAACUGUUUUUCUUCAGAA